GAUUUCACUGCAGUGUAGUUGUAUGGCUUACUGGUGUCUGACAAUGUGGUCUAGUCAACGUGUGCUUGGUUUUUUACUGCUGGUUGCAGUUGAUGCAGUGUUCAGUGCCAGACCACAGGCCCGUUCUUUAGACCACUGGAAGAUGAUCGGAGGUCCUCAUAUACAUGAGGAUCCGCUUAGGGGACAUUGGGAACUACUUCAAGGUCCUGUUAAAGUUGAGUCUCUGAGGGCUCCACUGGCUUCAAAUCUGGUAUCAAGCGUUCAGUCCAAACAAGAAAUGCUGAGCCCAGUUUCCAGUAAGGUUGACUGGAAGUUCCCACUUGUCCAAGAAAAGCCAGCACAGCUAGACGUUAACUUUCAGUUGCAUCAACCUCAGACUCCAAACACCGUGGCAGUCCAGUGUUUUGAGAAUGGUGUUCAUGUGGAGGUGAAGCAGGACUUUUUUGGCACUGGUCACCUGCUUGAGCCCUCUUCCUUCUCUCUAGGAGGCUGUGGUGUGUUGGAUGUAGAUACAGCUGCAGGAGUUCUCAUUUUUCAGUCAGCUCUUCAGGAUUGUGGCAGUCAGCUUGUGAUGACUGAAGAUGAACUUGUCUAUGUGUUCACCAUUGAUUAUAAACCAGCAGUAUUGCCGAAUAUUCCAGUUGCAAGGUCUAUUGCAACUACAGUUGGUAUUGAGUGCCACUAUUCCAGGAAACACAAUGUGAGCAGUUCUGCCCUGCUGCCAGCUUGGACACCAUAUGCAGCCACUGCUGUUGCAGAGGAUGUUCUGGUCUUCUCGCUGAAGCUUAUGACUGAUGACUGGAUGUAUGAGAGGCCAACCAAUGUCUUCUUCCUGGGUGACAUCUUUAAUAUUGAGGCAUCUGUGAGUCAGUAUAACCAUGUUCCCCUCCGUGUUUUUGUGGAUGCCUGUGUGGCCACUGCAACCCCUGAUGUGAACUCUGCUCCUGCAUAUUCUGUCAUUGAAAAUCAUGGUUGUCUCACUGACGCUAAGUACACUGGCUCAUCCUCUAAAUUUCUGCCGCGAGUGCAAGAUAACAAACUACGGUUUCAGUUGGAGGCCUUCAGGUUCCAGAAGGAAAUCAGUGGAUUUAUUUACAUCACAUGUCUUCUGAAAGCAACUGUAGCUGCUCAGUCUUUAAUUAAUGAGCACCAUAAGGCUUGUUCUUUUAUCAAAAAUGGUUGGGUCUCUGCUGAUGGAGGUGAUCAAGUGUGUGCUUGCUGUGAUACCAGCUGUGGACAAAAGACUCAGUUAACCGUAGCUCCAGCAGGUAUUCAGUAUGAGGGAAAAGCCCAAGUUGGUCCCUUCCAAAUCCCUGCACAUACAUCUGGCAUUAAAGUGGUUUCUUUUUAAAUAAAAAAAUAUUAAGUUCUUCUGAAUUGGUGUGUGUCAUUAUAGGAUUUAAGAGGGUUUUGUUGACAGACUGCAUUAAAUUUUGGCCCUUUUCCUAA